GGAUAUCAAAUAUCUCUCAGGAAUGCAGUAUCUUUGUAGUAACUGCAUUAAAAAGUCAAAUUGAAAAGAAAAAACAUUGCAGGUCAAAAAAUCACGUAAAAGGCGAGCAGAUGAAAGGACAGGUGGAUCAGUGGAAAAAAUACCAAAGACUGAAAAAAUACAAAAAAUCGAAAGAUCAGCAAAGAAUGAACAAACUGCAGAAAAACUUCCAGAUGCUGAAGCUUCACGAAAUACUACACAAUUACCAAAGAAAGAAAAAAAUACGACUGCAACAACUGAAGGAACGAAAAAACAACCAAAAACGAAGAAAGCACAACAGUCAGGUUCUGGCAAACAGAGGCUGAAGCAGAAAGGCGAAAAGGUAGAAAACAAAAAAGGAAAUAGAGAAGGUCAAGACUUAGUAAGUGAGCAUGGCGAGAUAAAAUUCAAAUUUGUACCAUUAAAACCAGGACAAUCAUUUGGAUCAUUUACGUAUACACAUGGGCAUAUGGAGACAUUAAUGGAAUUAGAAGCAAAAGUUAAAGCAUCACUUUCUGUUUGCAAAAUAUUUUACCCAAUAGUAGGGGGAAGUACAACUGCUUCUGGAUUUCGGGUUGGCUCAAGAUAUAUUAUGACAGCGGCUCACGUUACGAAUAAUUUUCAGAAAGGACUCCAGAAUUCAGACACAUACGUAAUAUUUAACUACAAAUAUGAUGGGAUAUAUAAGAGGAAAGACAAAUAUCUCAUUAAGGAAGUGGUUUAUUCAAAUGACGAAACAGACAUAGCAGUGGUUGAGCUUCUAGACCAUCAACGCGUAAUGCCUCCUCAUGUAACAAGUUUCUGCAGUCCUGUUCUUGACAGAUCAUUUCAUUUGAUAGGGCAUUCAAAAGGAAACGUCAUGGAAACUAAUCUUGUGACCAAAAUCAUCGACAAGGAUGACCCAAAAAUCAAGUUUUGUCUUGAUCAGCUGCAAAGAAUGAGUUGUCAGCAUACAGGCGGCAAGGGUUAUGACACCCCUCCAAACGAUUCUGUUCAUAACCCUUAUCGAUUCCUUUUUCAAUGCAAAUUCACUAAAGGUGCAAGUGGUUCUCCGGGAAUAGUUCUUGUCGGGAAAACAAUCUAUGUAACAACUGUUUUGUUACAUGGUUACCCCGAUUGGUAUUAUGAUCCGACCAUGGAGGUAUAUAAGAACAACUGGCUAGACGAGCACUGUGUACAACAGGGAGUAAAUAUAAUGUCUGUUUGUGAAAUGAUGCGUGCCACACAUCCUAGCCUAUGUCAAGAUAUAUUUGGCAAACAACAAUGUUAAAAAAACACGCACAACAUUUCUUAGGCAAUAUUAAAAAAAGGGAUUUUCUCUACCGACAGUGUAAAACAGAUCUACAAGCCAAGAUUCAUCCGUUAUAGUGGUAAUAACCAUAAAGUCAGUAAUGCAUGUCUGUACUAUUAGAGUAAAGCAGCAUGGCUGAAAAGAUUGAAGUAUAUCCGUGGUAAAAAGUAUAUAUAGAAUGACUUAAAUUUCUUUAUAUUUUGUUUUUUAUUUGCUUUAACGUCACACAUGUAUAAAGGUGAUUUCUUUGAAGAUAAACUGGUAUCGCUUUGAAGAAAACUAUUUGAGUAGAUCUGUGUUCUUUAACUGUGUUGUGAAUAGAUGCGAUUAAAGGUUAUAUAUGAUAACAACACCAAAAUUAAAACGUUCAUCUUCUAUGAACAGCAAAAGGAAAGGCGUCAAAGUUACGACAACGCUGCUUUGUGAUAACAGGCCGCUGAUUUGACGAUGUUCUCGGAGAACGUUUAUUAGAUGACGUCAUAGUUGUUCCGUCUGAUGAACAGAAUGACCGGGGAGCUGAUUUUAAUGUUAAAUACAAUAAAAUGUAUCCAAUUUAUAAUAUAGCCUUGUUUACAAAUGGAAAGGAAAUAUAUGUUGAUAUAAGAAAUUAAUUAAUUUCUUUCGGAGUUGCAAAAUGAACGUCAGAAUAGGAUCGGCAAAAGCAGGUAUCGCAAGCCCUAAUCAUGGAUUAGCCGAUUCUAUUCUGUCGUUCAUUUCUCGCAAACUCCGAAAACCAUUCAUUUCUUAAGUAAUGCUUAUCUUGAUUGAAUCGUCUUCUGUAAUCCAUUACCUCCCUACAUCCCUAGCAGCUUUAUUUUAUGUAUGAUGAAUCUACUGGAACCAUAUAGACUCCAGGGGCCGUAUUCAUAAAGCAUCUUAAGUAUAAGUAUAAGAAAUUGAUUAUUUACUUAAGUAUUACUUAGGUAAGAAAUUUAUUUUACUUAAGUAUAUUUGUUAUUCAUAAAACAACUUAAUAAGUAAUUCUUGGCUUUUAUUGUGGACGAAAACAUUAAAAAAAAACAACAUUAAUUUCAGACAGAUACAACAUGCACAAUUAUGUUUAAAGUGCUUUUAUCUGAAAAACAACACUAUAAUCGUACUCACGACGCCAUUUUGUUUUCUGACUGAAGUCAUUUCUUACGUAUCUUAAGUUUAAGCUGUUUUAUGAAUAGGACUUAAGUUUUUUACUUAGACUUAAGCUGAAAUCACCACAAACUUAAGUAAAAUCUUCAACUUAAGGUAUUGGACCCCUAAUAGUAAUGUUUAAAAAAUGGCAUUUGCUUGGUAUAUUCUUAAAGUUGACCAUGUUUCACACAGUGUUGCAAAUUUUAAACAACUUUUACCAUGCCGUUUUUUUGUAAAUUUUGUACAAUUUUUGGGUUUUUCUCACGCUCAAGAAGAGACAAAAUUCAAUGUGAUGGCCACUAUCUAAAACGUUUGCAGAGAAUUCAUUACAGAAUUAAUUUUGAUAAAAGAAACAUCAAACUAUUGUUAAACAAUUAUAAAACACAAAAUAAAACUGUAAAAAUCAUUUUUGUCUAGGGUGUCUCAAGUAAAUAGAUUUAAUGAGACAAAAUUCUAACUCCAACACUGAAAAAUUAAGGUCGAAUCCUGUGGGUCUGUUUGAAUUUUGCUCACUUCAUUCAAAAAUAACCUUGGGGCAAUAGUAAAACCUACCUGCAUUUCUUCCACAAUAUGUAAUCUAAAGAAUGAAGGCAAGAUAGAGAACUUUUACCGCACGUAACUCAGUAUUUUUAAAGAUGUCUAACUCUACCCCUCCUGAAAUUAUUGGCAGGAAUGUUAGCGUUUUCUUUUUUAUGGUAUAAAAUAUAUGUUAAAAGUUCAAAAUUGUCUUCAAAGAAAAUUUACAUGAAAACAAACACAUCUGUUUGAAUAAUUCAAACAAGUAUGACAAUAUCAUAAAAAAUGAUACAAAAUACAAAAUUAGAAAUUAGAGUAAGAAAAGUAUUCCCAAGAUUAUCUUGCUCCUUCAAAUUCUGCACAUGUAAUAACAUAUAACCGUUAGAAACCGGAAGGUAUGAUGGCACACUUUUCUAGGAUCGCGCACGUUGUUUUAAAUGCAAUAGCAGCCGUAGGUACUGAACAGCAUUGUUUUCACGUGUAAAUAUUAGCUAAAUUCACAAAAAUGGCCCGAGUCAGUUUCACCUUAAGUGUAAUGUCUGAAACCUAAACUUAAUCUUCAAUUUGUCUUUAAAUUUUAUACUUGAAAUCAUGAUGAAUAAGGCCUCUGAAGUGAAAAAUCCGCCAAAGUCUGAGCAAUAUCAAGCGAGUUCAAAAUGGUGCGAGUAAGGUUUUAUUACUACAAUUAACAAAUUUUCUAUCGCAACUCUUAGCUUUUUGCAGAUAUCUUUUCUUUUGAAUUACUUUGUCAUCAUAUUUGAUAUUUUAAACACAUUUUGACAGAUCUAUUGUUAAAAAUUUGUGAACAUAUUACAUUCAUUACAGAAUGGAAUACUAGUAAACAAUCGCAUAUUAUUAAUUCGCAAAUUUCGAAUUUUUUAAUAUAUUGUGAUUAUUUAAGUAACUCGCUCACAUUUUUAUAGUAAAUUUUAUUUAUCUAAAACAUGCGUUUAAAACUGCAUUUUUAAAAGUGUCAUGCGAAUUCAUUAUUCCUACUUAAUCUUCUGCGAUGUCAAAAUGUAUCAAAAGGGGAUUCACUUGUUCAAAGACACUAAUAAAAUUAACAUUAUUUUGCGUAUUUUUCAAGUAUUGUUAAGAAAUUUCACUUCUUUUGUUACUUUAAGUGCCAGAGAUACAAUGAGUAUAUGAACAUUUUCAAAACAGUAGCUUUAAUUGAGCGAACCUAUAUUAUAUGGACACAAAUGUGCAUAUACUUAUUCUUCUCUUCUAAAAAUAUUCAAACAGUUUAAAAUGUUUUCUAGCUUUGACAAAACAAUGAUCUUUUUAACGUUUCAUAAUCUUUUUUUUUUCUUUGUUCAAUGAAAUUUACUUGGUCAACAUUUCAAUUUGUUAAUGUGUUUUGUGACUUUUAAAACGUGGAGUGAGGU